GCAUCUAAUUUGAGAUCUGAAACAAACUCCAAAAACGCAGAAAUAUCAUAUAAAAAAUGGAGUAUGAAGGAAUUCUCUUGGGUAUGGGCAAUCCAUUGCUCGAUAUCUCAGCUGUUAUCGAUCAAGAUUUCCUAAACAAGUAUGACAUCAAGAUGAACAAUGCUAUUCUCGCUGAGGAUAAGCACUUGCCUAUGUAUGAAGAAAUGACAUCCAAAUAUAAUGUUGACUUCAUUGCUGGAGGUGCAACUCAAAAUUCAAUCAGAGUAGCUCAGUGGAUGCUUCAAAUUCCAGGUGCAACAAGUUACAUGGGCUCUAUCGGGAAGGACAAGUUUGGGGAGGAGAUGAAGAAAAACGCACAAGAUGCUGGUGUUAAUGUUCACUACUAUGAGGAUGAGAGUCCAACGGGUACUUGUGCUGUCUGUGUGCUUGACGGCGAAAGGUCGCUGGUUGCAAACUUAUCAGCUGCUAACUGCUACAAGGUUGACCAUUUGAAACGCCCAGAGAACUGGGCUUUGGUGGAGAAGGCCAAGUAUUAUUACAUCGCUGGAUUCUUUCUCACUGUUUCGCCAGAAUCUAUUCAGCUGGUUGCUGAACAUGCAGCUGCUAAGAACAAGGUUUUCUCAAUGAACCUUUCAGCACCAUUUAUCUGUGAGUUCUUCAAGGAUCAGCAAGAGAAAGUCCUGCCGUAUAUGGACUUUGUCUUUGGUAAUGAGACAGAAGCAAGAACCUUCUCUAGAGUUCAUGGCUGGGAGACUGAUAAUGUUGAAGAAAUUGCUGUGAAGAUCUCCCAAUGGCCAAAGGCAUCAGGAACACGCAAGAGAAUCACUGUCAUUACCCAGGGUGCUGAUCCAGUUGUUGUGGCUGAGGAUGGGAAGGUGAAGCAGUUCCCUGUAAUUCUAUUGCCAAAAGAGAAACUUGUCGACACCAAUGGUGCUGGGGAUGCAUUUGUUGGAGGAUUCCUUGCACAAUUGGUCCAAGAAAAACCUAUUGCAGAUUGUGUAAAAGCAGGAUGUUAUGCAUCAAAUGUCAUCAUCCAAAGGCCUGGUUGCACGUACCCCGAGAAGCCUGAUUUUUGAAUGAGGGUUUUCCCUCUUGUGGGCUUGCCAUUUUCUUACUCCAGUUAAUCAGAAAUAUUUUCUGGUUCUUUUAGUAUUUUUGAUUGAGUUAUGCCAGUUGCUAAUGGUAUAUCCAUAUCCUAAUUCUAAUCUCAUAUAUUGCAAGGGAUUUUAUUGAGUAUGUUUUUUCUCCAUCAUUUGAGAAUAACAUUAUAUUGUGAUUGUGUUUUAUUGCAAUUACGAUGGUUCUAUAGUUUUCAUUCGUAAUAAGGAAGUGUGUUAGGGUA